AUGGCUGAACAGUUCAACAAGCUUGUUGAUACAAUCGGUGGAUUGAGCCUUGCCGAUAGAUCAACCUCUCACUGCUCGAACCCAACUCAAACCCUCGUGAAGACGAUUUGGGAGCUGGUAAAAUCGUGCCAAUCCACUUCAGCAAACGCAGCACAUGUUGGGACCGUGAUCGAAGGCACACAGACCCCUAGCGGCCAGGAUAUUGCAAGACUGAGCUCCUUGAGAAAAGAAGCCGUUGCCCUCGAGCAGAUCACGAAGAACCUCAGCGAUGCCACUGAGAAUUACAUCAUAGCGUACAUUAUAUCGCUGGCUGGUCCAUGGACGCUGGAGCAGAAAAUGUUACUGCAUUUUAGUGAUGAAGUGAGGCGCAUCAUUCGCAAUGUGCUUGACGAUGCCAACACCGACGACUGCAGCGUUGUGCGAAAGAUUUUGGAAAACUGCUAUGACCAGUCUCUUCGUGCCUCUGGGACUCUGCACCCCGCUGAGUACUUUGAUUCUCUAGAGGAAGCUAGUCUCGAAGAGCCGUAUGAUCCUGACUUCGAAAGCGAGGAAUACUACGAGCAUGAAAAUCGACUUGCUAUCGACGAUAGCUAUGCUGAGACCUUGCGCGUGCAAUGCGAGCGCAGAGCUGAGAGAGAGCAGCAGCAAAGGGAAGAAUGGAUCGGGUUUUGGGUUCGUGCACUGGGUCAAUGUCCUGAUGAGCCCACCACGCUAUUCUAUUCGCCAGCAAAUAGUCUUCUCAAUUCUCAUCUGGCAGAGGUACCGCGAUACUUGUUUCGAGCGUUUGACGACGCAAGCUCUGGCUGGAGUGACAACCAUAUUGUAGCUUCUGCUGAGAGCCGAGCCGCAAUAUCAGAGCGCAGCAGAACAGAUCUCCUCUCGCGGUCGAGAGGGGAAAUAACACGAAUGCUAUACAGUCAUCUCAAAAAAUCUUUGUUUGGAGCUGAGGACACCGACAACUUAAUGUCGUGGAGUAGUUCUUUGAUGUUUGUCAUUCAAUACGCGAUUUGGAGAUGCAACAAACGUCGGUGUGACCCCUCCGAGGUCAAAAUAUGCAUGGUUGACACGAGGAAGUUCCCUCGUGGACAGUUCGCCCGGGACAAGUCGCUACUUCGGGCGUAUCGUGAUGCUCCUGAACUUGAUGAGAAUAGGCGGAGGUUCUUUGAUUUUCGUUUAGAGGACCCAUAUUAUGACAAUGGAGAGUAUCUGUCGCAAGGGGUAUUGCAUCAUGCUGGGCGGUCUAGUGUGGUGUCUCUGGAACAGCUCAUUCACGCGGGAUUAUAUGAUCUUUAUCCUGAAUUUCGGGAUCCUGCUUCGAGGAACUUAUGGACGAACCGUGUUGGGUCUCUUCGUUUAGCAUGGUCCAAUGAGCAUACAACAACCCAGCUUGACAUACGAAGUGCAGUCAAAGUGGCCAGAGAGUGCUUCAAUAAUUAUUUCAAUGCGCUUGAUAUAGCAUUGGUGCUAUUAUCAUUCAAAGAGCGCAAGCUCCGCACCCCAGCAACAAAAGCACCCCAGCAGCAGAGAAACUCCCAUGACUUUGGUCCAGUCGAGGUUCAACGAUACACGACAAUAAUAGAAGAUAUGAUGGCGAAAGCCCGAGGCAUUCCGAUUGCUUUACGAGGGUUCACAGCGGACAGCCAGCUUGAAGAAAUUUUCGAAUGCUCAUAG